AUGAGUUUUGAGAAACAUCAGGAGGAGGUGUCUGAGAAAAUGAAAUGGGUCUACGCCAAACUGGCAGGACAGGCAACAGCUAAUAGAGGUAUGACAGGGAGGCACCUUAUGAUGUUUUACAAAGGUUGCGUGGAGCCGGCGAUGUUGUACGGAUGUGAGUUCUGGGCGGAAAAUGCCCGAAAGAUUGCACUGAAGAGGAAAUUGCUGAGCAUGCAAAGAAGAGUUCUACUGAAGGUAGCAAAGGCAAAACACACGGUCUCGCAUGACGAAUUCAGAGUGCUGGCAGGAGUGACACCGAUUGGCCUGCAAAUAGAAGAGAAGGUGAAGAGGUGGGAGGAUAAGGAAGAAGGAAGGGACGCCGCUGAGAGCAAUGGAGCGAGACGGGAAGAGACUCUGGAAGAAUGGCAGAGGCGCUGGCAGGAUACCUAA